AUGCCAUUCAAGAUGACAUUUAGCAGCUGGGCCUUAGAGUUGCUGCUGCAGUUAAUCGUAGCUGUUCCUUGUCAUAAUGAAGACGAUGACUAUGAUAAUAUUGGUAGUAGUAGUGCUGGUGAAGAUGAUAAUACUGCUACUGCUGGUGUUGGUCCUGGUGGUGGUGCUGGUGUUGCUGGUAGUGCUGUUGGUGCUGCUCUGACCUGGAAGUAA